AUGGUCGCUAUAACCAAGGUCGCUUGCCAACCCGAUUUCAAAUACGUCUCUUGCAGUAAAUAUUAUGAGUCUGUAAGGAAUGUCCACACAGGGGAAAAUGGUGGCUGGACGAAAAUUGAAGGCAACGUUUCGAAAAAGAAAUGUUCCCACGUUUUGGAACUCGAAAACACCACCGGCAAUCAGAGUGGAAUUUACAGAUGUAUAGAACAUGGGAAGGUUCUUAAAAGUUAUGAAGUUGAGAUAACAGAUUUUACCAAAUACAGUGGAAUGCCCCCAGAACUUCUCGACGUCAUCCCAUCGAAUGUCACCGUUCAACAAAACGCUCAGAUCAUAAUUCAGUGUAAGGUGUACAGUCAACAACCACCUGUUAUCUUGUGGUUCAAACAGAGCGACAGUACAAACUACGACAUUCAAUAUUUCGAUAAGUUUUACAUUCGAAUCAACACAAGUGUUCAGGUGCACCCUGUACCCCACGAGGUCAACGUUUAUAUGAGUAAAUUGAAUAUUCACGAUAUUCGUGAGAUCGACAGUGGUCUAUAUGUGUGUGUUGCAAUGACAGAGCAUGGGAAAGACUUGAAACAUGCAACAGUAAAAGUGAUCUCGUCAACAACUAAUUGGGAACCUCACACCUCAUUUUCUUUGUUAUUUCUUAUACCAUUGGUUUUUGCUUUAAUACCGGUGACGGUUUGGCUAUGCUAUUACAGGAAAAAAAUGAAACAUGAUAGCAGAAAUCCCUUGCAAAUUCAACAAGAAAGAAAAUUGAUAAGACCUGUCUUAGCUACAAAUGGUCAGAACCACGUGGGUAGAUCGUCGGUGAUCUGAGUUAUUUUAUCGCAAAAUUAAAACAUGCCAAAUAAUUAAUCUUUAUUCCGUGCCAAAAAAUGAAAAUAAUGUAUACCAAAUAUCUGUGAUAAUUAGUACUUAUAACUUAAUUAAUUUUAUGAUGAAAAUGUACUUCAAAGUAAUAUACGUACUUGAAAAUUGUAAA